AUGGCGAGAUCAGAGAUUGAAACUAAUCCCAUGACUGAGAUUAAGAUCAAACUUAUUGGAAAGAGGACUAAAGAUGCAAGGACAUAUAACUUGCCCCAAGUUGGAGAAGUUGCUGCAUUGAUUGUGGGAGAUAUAGAUCCAAACAUGGGGCAACGUGAUAUCUUGGUAGAAUCAAAGGCUGGUCAUUUUCAAAGAAUCAGUGAAUUAAAUCCUGCAUAUCUCCCACUUCAGUAUCCAUUGCUCUUUCCAUAUGGUGAAGACGAGUAUAGAGAGGACAUUCAAUUUGCAGAAGUUGAUGGUAGAAGUGCAGCAGGGAGAAAUCGCAUUAGUCCCAGAGAAUAUUUUUCUUUUCGCCUACAGGAUAAAGUGUAUGAAAUGUCAACAUUGUUGUAUGCUAGAAGGUUAUUUCAACAAUUUCUGGUGGAUGCAUAUACUAUGAUUGAAUCAGGGCGCUUAGUAUACAUUAGGACUCACCAGAAAUCCCUUCGAUGUGAGUCAUAUAAAUGUUUGACUGAUGCAUUAACACGUGGAGAAGUAGAUCCUACGGCCCAAGGAAAGCGAAUCAUUUUGCCAUCGAGUUUUACUGGAGGCGCAAGAUAUAUGGUUCAGAAUUACCAAGAUGCGAUGGCAAUUUGCAGAUGGAUUGGGUAUCCAAGUCUUUUUAUUACAUUCACAUGUAACCCCAAGUGGCCGGAGAUUGAAAGAUUUUUACAAGCAAGGAGAUUAAAGGCUGAGGAUAGGCCAGAUAUUAUAUGUCGUGUUUUUAAGAUGAAGUUAAAUGCACUUAUAAAAGAGCUUCGGAAAGAUAACAUUUUUGGAUCUGUUUUAGCAGUUAUCUACACAAUUGAAUUCCAAAAAAGGGGGUUACCACAUGCUCACAUAUUACUAUUUCUGGCCAAAAGUCAUUCUGCUUCGACUCCGAGAGAUAUUGACAUGAUGAUAUCUGCUGAGGUACCAAGUGACUUGUGUGAUCCUGAGUAUUACAAAGCUGUAGAAGAAUUUAUGAUGCACGGACCCUGUGGUUCAGCGAGGAAGAGUUCACCUUGCAUGGUGAAUGGUAGAUGCUCUAAAUUCUACCCAAAGAAAUUUGUUGAGAAGUCCACUUUGGAUGAAGAUGGCUACCCUAUUUAUCGUAGGAGCGAUAAUGGUCGUACCAUAACAAAGAAUGGCAUUGAGCUUGAUAGUAGAUAUGUUGUUCCACACAACAGGUAUUUGUUGCUGAAGUAUAGGGCGCAUAUUAAUGUUGAAUGGUGUAAUCAGUCCCGAUCAAUUAAGUACUUAUUCAAGUACGUCAACAAAGGCAACGAUAGGGUUACAGCUGAAUUCUACAAUAGUGCGGCAGAAAAAGGUACUGGAAAGGAGAUAGAUGAAAUAAAGAUGUACUAUGAUUGUAGGUAUAUUUCACCAUGUGAGGCCGCUUGGAGGAUAUUUGCAUUUGAUAUACAAUUUAGGAAUCCUUCUGUUGAGCGAUUGAGUUUUCAUCUACCAAAUGAGCAAUCUAUCAUAUUUGAUGAUGAUGAUGUGGUCGGCGAUGUUGUCAACCGUCCAACAGUCGCACACAGUAUGUUCACUGCAUGGUUUGAGGCUAACCUCAAAUACACUCAGGCCCGACAAUUGACGUAUGCAGAAAUGCCAACGAAAUUUGUUUGGAAAAAAGAUAAAAGAGAAUGGAAUCCUAGGCAAAGGAAGUGGGCAAUCGGUCGUAUUUUCUAUGUUCCACCCAAUUGUGGCGAACUCUUUUAUCUUAGAUGUCUUCUAAACAUGGUUCGUGGACCGACUUGCUUUGAUGAUAUCAAAACGGUGGAUGGUGUGCAAUAUAAUUCAUUUAGAGAUGCAUGUUAUGCACGUGGUUUAAUUGAGGAUGAUAAAGAAUAUGUUGAUGCAAUAACUGAAGCAGCAUUGUGGUCUUCUUCCCAUUCUUUGAGGAAAUUGUUUGUUACAUUAUUGACCUCAAACUCAAUGGCCAAGCCAGAAAAUGUAUGGGAAGUUGUUCGGCAGUACCUAUCAGACGAUGCUGAAUUCAAUGCUAGAAGAAAUUUAAAUAUUCCAGAUUUAAUCCUCAAUGAAGCCCAAAAAUACAAUUUUGCUUUGAUUGAAGUUGAAAAGUUGUUGAAUACUUGGAACAAGUCAUUAGCAGAUUAUCCACCCAUGCCAAUACCAAAUAGAAGUAAUGACUGGUUUUUAGGUAAUCGGUUGUUGUACGAGGAAAUGGCAUAUGACCGAGAAGCUUUAAAACAAGAACAUGAAAGUUUGGUUUCAAAACUAACUGAUGAACAGUUAUCAAUCUACAAAAAAGUUAUUCAAGAUGUUCAAUCAAAUAAAGGUGGGUUGUUUUUUGUUUACGGAUAUGGUGGCACAGGGAAAACAUUUUUAUGGAGGACAAUGUCAGCUGCUUUAAGAUCCAAGGGUGAAGUUGUUUUAAAUGUGGCAUCAAGCGGUAUAGCUUCUUUACUACUACCUGGUGGGAGGACUGCACACUCAAGGUUUGCUAUACCCAUUUCUAUUAAUGAAGACUCCACUUGCAACAUUAAGCAAGGUAGUCCACUUGCUGAAUUAAUUGUAAAAGCAAAGAUGAUCAUUUGGGACGAAGCUCCUAUGAUGCACAAACAUUGUUUUGAAGCAUUAGAUAGAACAAUGAGAGACUUAAUGCGUUUCUCACAUUCAAAAAGUUCAGAAAUGACAUUUGGUGGAAAAACAGUUGUCCUCGGUGGUGAUUUUAGACAAAUACUUCCGGUUAUUCCGAAAGGCACAAGACAAGAUAUAGUACAAGCCAGUAUUAAUUCGUCUUACUUGUGGAACAAUUGUGAAGUUCUUCGUUUAACCAAGAAUUUGCGUUUGCGUGGUAUUACAAUUGGAGAAGAGGUUGAGAAGUUAGAGACUUUUGCAAAUUGGAUUGCUGAUUUAGGCGAUGGAAAGUUAGGUCAAAACAAUGACGGUGAGUGCAAUAUAGUUAUUCCGUCUCAGUUUGUAUUGCAAAACGAAGGUGACCCCAUCAAAGAAAUUGUUGAUACCACAUUUCCUUCGUACUGCAGUGGGGAAAUGGAUCCUAAACAUCUUGAGUCAAGAGCUAUAUUGGCUCCAACAUUAGAUGUUGUUGAUCAUGUCAAUGAAUACAUGAACAAUAUGAAUCAAGCAUCUUCUAAGACAUAUUUGAGUUGUGAUUCGGUGUGCAAGUCAGACACAAAUGCUAAUAUGUUAUCUGAAGUACACACCACUGAAUUUCUUAAUAGUUUGAGGUGUUCAGGUGUUCCAAACCAUUCUUUAACAUUAAAGGUUGGAUCUCCAAUUAUGCUUUUGAGGAAUAUAGACCACUCAUUGGGCCUUUGUAACGGCACACGGUUGAUCGUUACAAAAUUAGGCAACCAUGUGAUCGAAGCUCAAAUCCUAUGUGGAAACAAUGCAGGUACAAAUGUUCUUAUCCCACGAUUGACAUUGACUCCUUCAGACCCAAGACUUCCUUUUAAAUUUCAAAGGAAGCAAUUUCCAGUUAUGUUGUCAUACGCAAUGACAAUCAACAAGAGUCAAGGACAGACGUUAUCACAUGUCGGACUUUUACUAAAAAAACCCGUCUUUAACCAUGGCCAAUUGUAUGUAGCAGUUUCGAGGGUUAGUAAUCCCGAUGGUCUUAAGGUUUUAAUAUGUGGUGAAUCUAGAGGCUUUUUGAACACUACACAAAAUGUCGUUUACAAAGAAAUUUUUAAUAAUUUGUAA